CUUGGCGGCCAUGGCAGCUGUAGUAUCGGUGGCUCCGGGUCAAGCCCCAGCGGAGUGGAGUAAUAUGGGCAGCAUCGGGUAUAGGGCAGAGACAGCUUCAUAUCAGCUUCGCUGCUGAACCCCUGAGCCCAUCGUUAGAGACCUGCAGGACUCUUUCCCCAUUCUAGACUCGGAGAGUUGGCUGGGACUGGUGGGCUGGUCCCAGCCUGGGGGGGACUGCCCCAGGGACAUAGGGGCGCCGGGAGAAAGAACAAGUUUGCUUGGGUUUUCCUCCUUUUCCUGCUGCCCCCCUGGGACGUUGUCUGUGGAGGGAGUGGGCCCAUUGUGCCACCAUUCCGACCAUUGAAGAAAUCGCUCUUUCGCAUACCUUUAACUGUUAACCGUAGGGAAUCCAGUGACUGGCAUCUGAAAACGCAGGGGCCGGGACCUGAGAUUGCUGGAAGUUCUGUCCGGUGCUAAUAUCAGGAAAAAGGGGCUGUUUCCAGGUGCGUUCCAGAGAAGGGUUUCGUGAACACAUCUGCUGGUGGGGAGGACGAAAGAACUGGAAAGUCCGCUUGUUCUCUUGGAAACACCACACGCGUUUAAGAACCUGAGGACCCUUUGAAGCCACUGAAAAUUUGUAGUCUGCUGGCGGUGGGUAAAUAAAGGAGGACAGAAUGGAUGAUUUCAUCUCCAUUAGUCUGUUGUCUCUGGCUAUGUUGGUGGGAUGUUACGUGGCUGGAAUCGUUCCCUUGGCUGUUAAUUUCUCUGAGGAGCGGCUAAAGCUGGUGACUGUUUUGGGUGCUGGCCUUCUCUGUGGAACUGCACUGGCGGUCAUCGUGCCCGAAGGAGUACACGCACUUUAUGAAGAUAUUCUUGAGGAAGCACAUGUUAAUCUGAAGGAGGAGCUUCAACAAAUGUCUUCAAAGGGUAAACACCACCAAGUGAGUGAAACACAGAAUGUGAUUGCAUCAGACAAAGCAGCAGAAAUACCAGUUGCCCAUGAACAUGAGCACAACCAUGACCACACACAGCUGCAUGCCUAUAUUGGUGUUUCCCUCGUGCUGGGCUUCGUUUUCAUGUUGCUGGUAGACCAGAUUGGCAGCUCCCAUGUGCAUUCUACUGAUGAUCCAGAAACAGCAAGGCCCAGCAAUUCCAAAAUCACCACCACACUGGGUCUGGUCGUCCAUGCUGCAGCGGAUGGUGUGGCCUUAGGAGCAGCAGCCUCUACUUCACAGACUAGCGUCCAGUUAAUUGUGUUUGUGGCAAUAAUGCUACAUAAGGCACCAGCUGCUUUUGGGCUGGUUUCCUUCCUAAUGCAUGCUGGCCUAGAACGGAAUCGAAUCAGAAAACACUUACUGGUCUUUGCACUGGCAGCCCCAGUUAUGUCCAUGGUGACGUACUUAGGACUAAGUAAGAGCAGUAAAGAAGCCCUUUCAGAGGUCAAUGCCACUGGAGUGGCCAUGCUUUUCUCCGCCGGGACAUUUCUUUAUGUUGCCACAGUACAUGUCCUCCCUGAGGUGGGCGGAAUGGGGCACAGCCACAGACCCGACCCCACUGGCGGGAGGGGCCUCAGCCGCCUGGAGGUGGCCGCCCUGGUUCUGGGUUGCCUCAUCCCGCUCAUCCUGUCAGUAGGACACCAGCAUUAAAGGUCGGAUUCGGGCCUCAGGCCACAGCUGUUCGCCAUCCCGUGAGAACAGCCAGCACGUGACAGCUGCUCACUUCCUCAGUCUCUUGUCUCACCUUGCCCCAUCUCCACCUGUGUUCCUAGAGUCCGGAGGGAGGUGAGAUUAAAACCUGGAGUAAUGGAAAGCUUUUAGAGUAGAAACAACACACUGCGACUGGAUAGAGACAUUCCGUUGUGUUGUUUUUUUAAAGGGCCCUUGGCAUUUUGAGUUUUGAUGUUUCUCUUAACCCUAUGCUCAGGGAAGAUGGAAUUUCAUUUUAAGGAAAAGUGGAGAACUUCAUACUCACAAUGAAAAAGUAAUUAUGAAAGUAUAGUGUUCUGUAAUUAAGCUGGAUCUCUGUCUUAGUUUAGAGGCUCUGCCACUUACUUUAUCCAUUGAUUUUUAACAUGGUUCUCACCGUGUAAGACUGGUGCUUUAGCAUCUGUGCCACACGCCUUGAUAAAGGUCAUAAUGCCCACUGUCUUAGAUGCUAAAGACAAUUGUAGUUUAUUUGGGGCAAGAGUCAGGAAAAUGACAGCAAGGCACAUGAAAAGCUGACUUUUUACUCGAGAGCUGUCUGUUGAAAAGAGGAUGUCUUGGAGAGACUUAACACCUCCUUUCGCAUCCGCCUCUUCCUCUUUAAAGAGAGCCCGCUGUUCCAUCAGUGGAGCAACAGAGAUGGACUAGCAUCGAAGGAGGAGGCCACUAGUAUUUCUUCUCAAGUUCUCCUUUGCAGAAUACCUGCCUCCAGUGCAAAGGAGCCAAGUUCUGGUAGGUUCAGGCCCACUCAGGCUUUCCUUCAAAAACAGUCAGAUCCCAAAGUGUCUUUUGAAAUGAAGGGAUGUUAAUUUCAAGUAAAUUUGGAUAGUAACUGACGUUUUUGUCAUAAUCUUUUUAAAAGUAAGAUAACCAAAACCCUGUGUUGUCCCUUUUUUUCUUUUUACGUAUUUAUCUUAGCAGACUAGCAGUCCCUCUGGCAAAAUACUUGGUGUCCUUUGGAGAGUGCUAGGUCAGCGUCACAUAAGCACCUGUAGCAGUGAAGAGAGUCAAGAUGUAGGACAAGUGAGAAGUGUUUGCCUCUUGAUUUAAAGCUUAUUGAAAUCAUGUCUCUUGUCUCUUCAUCUUUUCCGUGCUUUCCUCCUGACCUCCCCCCCCAGCCCCUCCUCCCUAUCUAUAAUUUGCUGCUUACUGCGGGUGGCGGGUGGCGGGUGGCGAUGUUGGUAUCUGUGUGAAUUGAAUUCUCAUCAGGACAACCACUUCUUGAACUGUGAUGAUGAAGAUAACAUUGUCUCUGUUCUUUAUUCCCUUCAGUGAAGUUACCUUUGUGUCAAAUGCAACUUUGUUAACCCCUUAAAAUAUCACUUCCUCAUAUGUGAGAUGACACAAUCACUAAUGUUCUGGUCAUUUAAACAGUUGAGAUAGUAAAAGUGUUUAACAAACUGGGAUGAUUUUUCCAUAUUUGCCAAAUCCCUGUAAACUUUGUGUUAUCAACUAAGUGUAUAAUAGUAUGUUAUUAAUUUAUUUUGAUCUUCUGUACCAUUUCAAAACACAUUAUAUAAAGAGGGAACCAAGAUUAUGUUCUUCAGGGCAGUGGGGUUUAGGAGUUCGUAAAAUGUCUUAGAUGACGUAUAUGCCAGCAUGCCUGUAAUUUCUUUAUUUCCUUCCUGGAUUUGUCACUGGGUCAGCAGCUAUGGAAACAGAACUUGCGAGCCCUCUGCCGGCCGUAGACCAAAGUAGCAUAAAUAGGAUAGGGUUUUGUAUAGUGGCUGGCAACCAUUGCAUACGAUGUUAAAACCAACAGAAGGCACAGUCUGGAAAGUCUGAGUGACUUUCCUGAUAACAACUCUGACUUAUGGGAGUCAUGGGGCUUCGUCUGGCCCUUCGAGAUGUCAUGGUUGCCUUGAUUCUCCCUGGAAAUUUACUUUGUUAAUAAAUAGUACAUCUUAGUGUCUGGUUUGGUUUGGGUAGCAGCACUUUCUAUCAUACUGUUGCGUGCAAUGAUGAGAAAUUCGUUCUGCAGGCCGAAGCCUCUUUCAGCAGUGCUUUGCCAUCAUUAAAAGUUUGGCUAGAGUAUCUUGCUUGGUGGGGGGGGCCUUGAACUCUGGCAAGGACUGAACCAUCAAACUUCCAAAUUUGCGUUCCCCUCUGGACCUCGCAUUAACAAGCAGACCUUGCAAGGCCUACCAGCUUUUGGGAGCUGCGGGCUUUCCCAGAUUUUAAAGCUGCUGCCUCAGGAGCUACUCAUUUCUCUCCUGGUCAGCAGGCAGAAAUAGCCAUACUAACCUUAGAGGGCUCAAACGCACCUCUAGGCAGCAGGGGACCGAGCAGCAUGGCAGAGGCCUUCUUCACUGGGGGAGGAACUUGCUCGUGCUGGGCAGUGUCCCAGAAGGGGCCACAGCGGUGGUCACUUACUGGCACAUUUCAGUUCUGUUUUCCUCUUGUGUUCACUGCCUCCUUAGAUGUAGAUGCCUUAAUGCUCUCAUGCAUUUGGAAACAUUGGCAAUACUUAAGUUGCUGCCGUGAUCACAGAUGGAAUUAUUGGCUACCAAAGAGAUGCACCUGAUGAUGAAGAGUACAGCCCUUCCUUCCUCAUAACCAAAGUUAGUCUUCAUUGCAAUUUGACUCCAUUUCCUUGGUAGGGACAGAUUUCUUCAGAUUCCGAAUGCACUCUUAAAUGGCAAAUGAAGGUGGAAAACGCUACUGGUCCAUUCCCCUCCCUUGUUUUCCAGCGAGUUGCGUAUCAGUCCCCAUUUCCCCGAAGCAGCGCUGUUCUAGGGCUGGCUGCUUUCCUGUGCAUGCUGUUGCCAGAUUUUUUUAGGCAGAGGCUCUGCACUGGAGUGUAGAGAGUUGGAAACAGUUCCAUCAACAGAGGCUACGUGUUCUCUCUUCCCCCUGUCACCUUUCUAUCACCUAUUCAAAACAGUUGAGUCAGCCCUGUUCUUGUAUUUUGAAUCAUUAGAGAAAGGACAGAGGUGGUCGUUUUGCGGGGUCAGUUCUUUGCACAGAGGAGACGAUGAAAUUGUGUUUUUUACCAGCCUACUUCUAAGUGUCGCUGCCUGGUUUUUCUCUUUUUCAAGGAUUAGAACUAGAAGGACACACCAGCAUUGGAGUAUUAUGCCCCUCAGACCCAUGGUAACUAGAUACUAAACAGGGGAGCUGUCUACCAACAGCCCAGACCUCCAGAAAAUUUCUUGCCUACAGGGCCUCUGGGCCCCUUGAGAGACUGAGAAUAUUGACCAGAUUCUUCCCAAACUGCUGCAGUGGAAGGUGAUCUACAAGAGAACCAUCCUUCCAUUAGAAAAUUUCUACUCAAAACAAAAUGAUCCCAAGAGCACUGUUGGGGAUGCUAUGAAAAUAAAACCAAUGGUGGAGCCCCACCCCCCCUGCUUUGUACUUGAGACAUCUAGAUUAACCCCAGGAGAUUUGAGGGGAAUUUGUGACUUGUAGGAAAAGACUAGACAACCAUUGGGAAUUCUCUAUAGAUAUGCUCAUCCGAACGCAAGGAAAUUGGCUUUGAUCUUUUUUCUGAUAGCAUCUUCUAGCAAGUUGGAAGUCUCAUGGGAUAAAACUGCAGUUCCCCUGGUUCAGUAGUCCAAACAGUGAUUUUAAAUGUCCCCUUUUCUGGAUCCUUUGUAAACAUGAAAUCAUUCCAUGGAUGGCUGCCUUAUAAUUUUGUCUCUUUCCACGUUAAUUGUGAAUGGUUAAACAGUUUUUUUUGCUGUUUUCUGAUUUGUUUUAUGACAUUAAAUUUUUAUU